AUGGUGCGCAAUAUCGAUGCCUGCGCGAAAUCGUAUCGGGAGCGGAGCCUUCCUCAAAACACAUUUCUUAUGGCCAGAAGUAAAGAACUCGUCCCCGGCGUCGGCCGCCUUUCCCGAUCCCAGGUGUUUGCUCAGCGCGCCUUGUACAAGGGCCAGAAAAAGUCGACACCGAAAGCUGAAGCUGACGCUCCGGCUACGGUCGAGAAAACGAUUGGUGGUGGAAAGAACGGCGGCAAGCGACUUGUGCCCACCUCUAAAGCAUCGCGUUUCUAUCCCGCUGACGAUGUUCGCCAACCCAAAAAGAGCCGCAAGACGCCUAAACCCACCCACCUUCGCUCUUCCAUAACCCCCGGCACCAUUCUCAUCCUGCUUGCUGGUCGCUUCCGGGGCAAACGCGUUGUAUUCUUGAAGCAGUUGGAGAGUGGUCUGCUUCUUGUAACUGGCCCGUUCAAAGUCAACGGUGUUCCCCUGCGACGGGUCAACCAGGCAUAUGUUAUCGCGACAACGACCAAGAUCGACCUUGGUGGCUUCAAGGUCGAUGACAAGAUCAACGACUCCUACUUCGCGAAAGCCGCUACCAAAGGCGCUGGUUCAGCCGAGGCAGAGUUCUUUGAGGGUGGAAAGCCAAAGGCAAAGGAGGCUUUCCCUGAGUCCAAGUCGGGUGACCAGAAGGAGGUCGACAAAGCUGUCAUCGCCGCUGUGAAGAAGACGGAGAACUUGGCCAAAUACCUCAAGACCAGCUGGGGACUGUCAAAGGGUCAAUUCCCUCAUCAGCUGGCUUUCUGA